AGAGAAGUGGUAGCUUAUUCCUCAAGCUUUUGAACAACCAUUUCUAACCAUCAUUUUCCAUGACCAAUUUCAGCUAAUCUCUCUCUCUCUCUCUCUCUCUCUCUCUCAUAUUCUUCUGAGAAGUACUUCUGUUCUGGUGAUCAACAAUGGCGCAGAGAGAUGCUGUGCUGGAACCAGUUGGCACGGAGAGCGAAAGAACCCAGAAAGAAUCCUCUGAUCCUCUUUCAUUUGCAAGAAGUUACCAGGUUGAAGCAUGGGAGCAAGGGAUGAAGCAGAACACAAUAGUGUUCUUGGAAACGGGCUCCGGGAAGACUUUGAUUGCGUCGAUGCUGCUCCGCAGCUAUGCCGCUGUCCUUCGCAAGCCUUCGCCUUUUGUUGCCGUUUUCUUGGUUCCCAAAGAUGUUCUGGUCUCUCAACAAGCUAAGGCUCUGGAGAAGGAUACUGGCUUGAAAGUUGGUACGUAUAGUGGAGGAACGCAAACUGACUUUUGGAAUAGUAACAUGUGGAAGCAAGCAAUUGAAAAAAAUGAGGUGCUUGUGAUGACACCGGAAAUAUUACUUAACAGUUUGAGGCAUGCCUUUUUCAAAUUUAGCGUAAUAAAGGGUUUAGUAUUUGAUGAAUGCCAUCAUGCUAGGGGUAACCAUCCAUAUGCUCUCAUAAUGAAGGAGUUCUAUUACCGUCAUUUACAAUCUGGUGAAUCCAAUCUUCCUAGGAUACUUGGAAUGACUGCUUCCCUUACAAAAUCAAAAGGUGGAAACUCAAAUCUAGAAAUUGAUUUGAAAGAGAUCCGUGAACUGGAGAGAGUCAUGAAUGCCAAGGUGUACACAUGUGUUAGUGAAUCUGUUCUUGCAGAGUUCAUUCCAUUUCCGACUUUGACGUUCAAAUUUUACGAGCAGAUGGAUAGCCAACAUCCCUUCUCUACCAAUUUAGCUGAUCAAUUGAGAAUUUUAAGAGAACAGUUAGAUCCGAAGUGGUCUAUUGGAGUUAAUACUAUACAUGAUAUGGAUGAGGGGCUUCUAACCGCAAAAGUUGUGUGUCUCAUUGAGUUGCUUACUUGUGAUUCAAAAUACAGGAGCUUAGAGGAUUUAAGAUGUAUUGUUUUUGCGGAAAUGAUCGUAACAGCAGUUAUCAUUGAAUCUUUAUUAAGUGAGUUGCUUCCAAGACAUAAUAGCUGGAAGACAAAAUAUAUAGCUGGAAGCAACAAGUUUUUUCAUUCUCAAACAAGAAAAACACACAAUUCAAUCAUUGAUGAAUUUCGUGAAGGCAAGGUGAAUAUUAUUGUUGCAACACCGAUCCUUGAAGAGGGUUUAGAUGUUCAAAGCUGCAACUUGGUUAUCUGUUUUGACCCUCCUAAAACCUUUUGUAGUUUUAUACAGUGCAGAGGUCGUGCUAGGACGCAUAAUUCAGAUUUUAUAAUAAUGGUGGAGAGUGGUGAUUUGAAUACACAGUCCCGGCUUGAAAAAUAUUGUGAGCGUGGAGAUAUUAUGAGAAAGGAGUUCUUAUGCCAAUCUUCCCUUCCUUGCAUAUCUCUCGAAACUGAUUUCAGUGAAGGGAAGUUUUACUGUGUUGAAAGUACUGGAGCCAUUGUGACUCUUAACUCUAGCAUUAGUUUGAUAGAGUUUUACUGCUCAAGGCUUCCUUCUGAUAAGUACUCUAAACCGACUCCAAGGUGGGAUGAUAAAACUCAAACCCUCUACCUUCCCAACGAUCUGAUACAAGAAGUUCAUGCAGAAGGUAAUGCAAAAAUUCUAAAGCAGAUCGCAUGUUUUGAAGCGUGCAAGAAACUACAUAAGAUGGGUGCUUUAACUGAUAACCUUGUCCCAAACACCGUUGUGAGAGAAGACGAAGAAAGUGAUCUAGAGAGCCAGCCGUAUGAAGAUGCACAUCCAAGAUAUAUCCCUUCUGAAAUGGUCGGAUCUUUUUGUCCGGAUGGUGAUGCCCAUACCUUGUAUUAUUGCUACUUACUUGAGCUAAAGCAAGAGUUUGAGUAUGACAUUCCGGUUCACAAUAUUUUACUUGGGACGAGAAAUGAGCUUGAAGUUGAUGGUGGAAAUACGCAUUUUGACUUGAAAGUUGGCUCAGGUAGUUUGAUAGUGAACUUGAAAUAUGUUGGAGUUAAAAAAUGUUAUAGCUCAGAAGAGGUUCUGGUGUCCAGAAGAUUUCAGGUCACUCUUUUCAGAGUUCUUGUGUAUCAGAAUUUCAAUUAUGUGAGAGAAGUUUCGAGUCAACAUCAUUUGCAAGAAGAUAUUGAGAUAGAUUAUCUUAUUCUUCCCGCCACCAUCUUGAAUCCAAGAGAUUUGAUGGUAAAAUGGGAAUCUACGAUUUCUGCGCUAUUUUCCUUUGAAAAAUGUAAUGAGAAUCACACUACUCGUUGUUUAGUGAAGAAUUAUUUCAAUCGCACGCAUACCAAAAAUGGUAUUGUAUGCACUUGUAAGCUCAAGAACUCUCUGGUUUACACCCCUCAUAACGGUAAUAUUUAUUGGAUCGCUGAUAUUCUCAGCGACAUGAAUGGAAACUCUGCUCUAAAACUCUGGGGUGGUGGAGUUACAACAUACAAGAAGUUCAAUGAACAAAAGCAUGGGAUCAACUUGAAAUUUUGUGACCAACCACUUCUUGAAGCAAGGGAACCUUUUUUAGUGGAGAAUUAUCUCCUUGAGUACAGACAAGCCAAGCAGAAAGUUAUUCCAGCCACGAAGGUCUUGGAAGCUAUUACCACGAAGAAAUGCGAAGAAAAAUACUGUUUGGAAACUUUAGAGACUCUUGGAGAUUCAUUUCUCAAAUAUGCCGUUAGUCAACAGCUUUUUAAAACCUACCAAAACCACCGCGAGGGCGAUCUCACUAGAAAGAGGAAAAAGUUAAUUUCUAAUGAAAGCCUUUGUAAGCGUGGAUGCGAACAUAAACUAAUGGGUUUUAUCCGCAAUGAGCGUUUCGAUCCUAAAAUGUGGAGUAUUCCAGGAGAUGGUUUUGCCAGGAAUGCAUUGCAGGAAGAUUUUCUACCUAAUAUGACAACCGUGUAUAUCAGUGGAAGGAGGGAAGUAGGAUAUAAGACAGUGGCAGAUGUUGUGGAGGCACUUAUUGGUGCUUUGCUUACUACAGGUGGUGAACUACCUGCCUUAAAAUUUAUGAGCUUGAUUGGUAUGGAGGUUGACUUUAAUCAGGUUCCAUAUGAGACACAUAUAUCGAUGCACUCAGAGAAGCUUGUUCGUAUCAGACAAAAUCUUAGCUGCUUGGAGUCCAAACUUUACUCAUUCCACGAUCCUUCUUUGUUAGUUGAAGCACUAAAACAUGGUUCUUACAAGCUUCAAGAGAUUCCAAGAAGUUACCAGCGGCUUGAAUUUCUUGGGGAUGCUGUUCUUGACUACCUCAUUUCUAAACAUUUAUAUGAUGAGCAUCCUGAUCAGAUGUUGCCCGGACUGUUAACUGAUAUGAGGUCAGCUUCUGUGAAUAAUGAAUGCUACGCACGGUGUGCAGUCAAGGCAGGGUUGCAUGAGCACAUUCUCCGUGACUCACGGGAACUCGACAACAAUAUUGUUGCUACUGUUAAUAACUUUGGUAAGUUGUCUUCAGAAUCAAUAUUUGGAUGGGAAUCCGAGACGUACUUCACAGAGGUUCUUGCAGAUUUUAUAGAGAGUGUUGCUGGGGCAAUUUUUAUUGAUUCAGGGUACAACAAAGAUAUUGUCUUCCAAAGCAUAAGGCCUCUGUUGGAGCCUUUUGUUACACCUAAAACGUUAAAGCUAAAUCCCACCAGAGAGUUGCGUGAGCUUUGCACCAAAAAGGGCUUCCCUACGAAUCAAUCGAAGAAGUGCGAAAAUGGCGCGUAUUCAACUACAGUAGAGGUAGAAGCGAAUGGAUCGACAUUCAAGGGCAUGUCAAUGGUUUCAGGGAAGGAUCUGAGAGAAAGAAUAGCUUCAAGAAUUGUCUUGAGGUCCCUCAAGGAAACCCUUUGUUUGGAAUGAAGUUACAAGUAAAACUUUCAUUCAAGUAGUGAAAUGUGAGCAUUUCCAUUCUCUUGGUGGGGAGAGAAGCUACUGGAAGAACGUUUGGG